GGCACUUUCCGCUAUGGGUGGGAACGUGCCCGGCGCCGGAGGUGGCAAAGCUCCGCCCGGUCUCCAUGCCGAACACGCUGCCACUUCCCAACACAAGGGGAAGAAGACCCGUAGGGGCAAAAGGAGGCCCGGCAAAGCCCCGGUGUUUGAGGAGGUGAUAGUGGAGGACAUCCUCGAAGGAGAAGACGAUGAGUCCAGCGAGUGCCGGGUGUCGGCCUUCAAGCGCUUAGGAGGUGAAGAGACCCGGGUGUCGGCCUUCGACAGGCUCGACCACGGACCGGGAGGUCACCCGGGCGACCUCCGCCGACAAAUACCGAAGGGGGUAUCUCGGCUCGCUCGUGAGAUUGCCGAGCUCAAGCGCCGAGUGGAGACCAGGGCUCCCUACAGCCAGCCCAUCUUGCGGACGGUAACCCCGUUCACUCCGAGGGUUAUGUCGGUUCCGUUGUCGGCAAACUUUCGGCCGUGGCAGAUCAAGGCCUACAACGGAACGACGGACCCCCAAGGUCAUUUGUCUAAGUUUUAUGCCUCUAUGGAAGCGGCGGCAGCCCCGGACGAGAUCAAGUGCCGAUGCUUUCUCGCGACGCUGGAGGGCUCCGCGUGCGAUUGGUUCAACCGGCUCCCGAAGGGAACCAUUGACGAUUGGGAUACACUAGCGGAGAAGUUCUUGACGCACUUCGCAGCCAACCGGAGGCAGAGGCUACCUUACUCCCACCUGCUCAACAUUUGUAUCCGCAAAGGAGAGAAGGUCCGUGACUUCAUACUCCGGUGGGAGAAGGAAGCCAGAGACGUGCACGGGGCGGAUGAUCAAGCGUUGGUGGCCAUGUUCCAAGCAGCCCUUCCCCGCGGUGAGGUGAGGAAGGAGCUCCGCAAGAAUCCUCCCCCCACGUACCAGGAAACCUUGGCGCGCGCUAAGUUCUUGGCCUCGGAGGAAUUCGAUGAUGCCCCUGACUCCGAGGCCGCGCCGGCCAAGCGAGCUCCCGCAGAUGCAGAGGAGAUAGCGAAGAAGAGGAAGAAGAAGAAAGACCACACUGUGGGCCCGAGGACGCCCUCGGCGGGUGUGUACUCCGUGGGUGCGCCUGCGGGGACGGGUCGAGAGCUGGUCCUCUCCCCGCUCCCGCACGUAGAGACCUAUGCGGUGUCCGGCGGCGCCAACGCCCCGGCAGCGGCCGUUCGGCCUCCAAAACAAUCGCGGAAAUACAAUUAAAGACGAAGCAAAACGAUAGGCAUCACAAACCACGAAGAGUCAAGGGUGAUAGUUGCGCGGUGCAAAAUACAUUGUUCGAGCGCAGAAACAUU